CUAGAGGGCCUUGUUAUUGAGAGUGAUCGAUCGGGAGGCGCAGCGAUAUUCAUCAUCACAAUGGCGACCUCCAUGGCUCGAGAAUUCCCAAGACUGGCUUUUCUCUGCAAUUUCAGGGUUGUCAGCCCUUGUUUAGGAUCUUCUACAACUUCAAUAUUUUCUAGAACACAGAAUGACACUUGUAUGCAAGUGGCGAGAUACAGAGCCCCGCCGUUCCCGUUGGACAGAAGCAGAUACAUACCAGAUAAGUCUGACCCCAAAACUCCGGAGUUCCAAAAAACGCUGAAGUUUGACCGGAAACUGUGGGGUCGACACGGCGAGGCCUCAGGGUUUGAUCCGUCCAUCUGUUGGCCAACCAAAGCCGAGCUUGCAGAAAUGCAGGAGGAGGAGAGGGACUGGUGCCUAACAUUACAGGAGAUGCAGCAGAACAUCGCAAUCAGGAGGGCAGAGGAGGAGAAGGCUCGCAUAGCUAGGGAGAAGCGAAUAGCUGCUAACAUGGCAAAGAUGCCAAAGCUCAUCGAGCAGGUCCACGAGGAACGCAGACUGAAGAAAGAACAGCUAGAGGAAGCAAAGAAACGUAAGGAGCAUCUGAUCGCAAAAGCACGGGAACGGCUGGGCUACAAUGUUCACCCCAACAGCCCCAAGUUUGAGGCUAUGUUGGAGGAAAUAGAGAACGAAGAGAGGAAACAGAAAAAGAAGGCGAAGAAAGCAAAGCAGGAGGCGAUGAGGGAAGCAUUCAAGGCUGCCCUGGCUACAGCUGAGGCUGCUAAGAUACAGGACGGGGCAACAAUCAACACGGACAUUCCUCUCAAAGCUCACAAAACUCAGAAUGAUUAGUAGAAACCAAGUAUUGAUACAACUUCCUUGUGUUUUAAGUAUCAUAUUUCAGUUUGUUGUCAAUAUGGAAACAAAAUCAUGAAGAGGAUGCCUUUAUGUGGUAUAUGAUAUGAUAUCUGUGUAUAUCAACAAACUCAAAAAACUGUCUUUGAAUUACAACAAGUCCACACAUUUAUGUAACAAAUAGGCCAUGUUGAUUUGAUUACAUACUGUAUAUAUAUAUAGAUAAGAUCUGUUCUACCCUCACUUGUAUAAGAUUGUAUCAGUAUCUUGCCAAACUAGACAUUUCCAUUAUGGAGUUGGGGCAGAAAAUAAUGUAACUUUUGAAAGGAACUCUCUUGUAUGCUUCUAGGUCAUCUUUCAAUAAAUGCCCUCUUACAUGUGUA